AAAACCCUCGUCUCGCACUCUACCCCUGGCCGUUUGCCACCGCCUCCCUCCCUCUGGUCCGCCGCCGCGAAACCCCCACCAGCCAAGCCGACUCGAAACCCACCACCAUGGCCCCGGUGGAAGCCGGCGUCGAGCAGCCGCGUAAGGCGCAUCGCGUGGCUAAGUCCGGCGCGAAGGCGCGGAAGAAGAAGGGCAAAGGCGCCGCCGGCGACGACGAUGGAGGCGAGAGGAAGAACCCCAAGGCUUUUGCCUUUCGUUCAGCAACAAAGGCCAAGCGUCUACAAUCUCGAUCUGCAGAGAUUGAACAACGCCGUCUUCAUGUGCCAAUUAUGGAUCGCUCAAUUGGUGAACCACCUCCAUUUGUUGUUGUAGUUCAAGGGCCUCCACAGGUUGGAAAGUCACUGCUGAUAAAAUGUCUAGUAAAGCACUACACUAAACAAAACUUAUCAGAAGUCCGUGGUCCCAUCACGGUUGUUUCAGGUAAAAGCAGGAGGGUACAGUUCUUGGAGUGUCCAAAUGAUAUCAACGGAAUGAUUGAUGCAGCUAAAAUAGCAGAUCUCGCUCUGCUGCUUAUUGAUGGUAGUUAUGGAUUUGAAAUGGAUACAUUUGAGUUCCUUAAUAUCAUGCAAGUUCAUGGAUUCCCAAAGGUGAUGGGAGUACUUACACAUCUGGAUCAAUUUAAAGAUGUAAAGAAACUCCGGAAAACUAAGCAGCGCCUUAAGCAUCGAUUCUGGUCUGAGAUAAAGGAGGGAGCAAAACUAUUCUACUUGUCAGGUCUCAUUCAUGGAAAAUACACAAAGAGAGAAGUCCAUAAUCUUGCAAGAUUCAUCUCUGUUAUUAAGCCUGUCCCAUUGAGUUGGAGAAUGGCACAUCCUUAUCUCUUAGCAGAUAGAUUCGAAGAUGUAACCUCGCCAGAAAGUGUGCGCUUGAACAGGAAAUGUGACAGAAAAAUAACGCUAUAUGGUUACCUUCGUGGGUGUAACAUGAAAAGAGGGACCAAGGUGCAUAUUACAGGAGCAGGUGAUUUCGUCUUGUCUGGUGUGACAAGUUUGGCUGAUCCUUGCCCUUUGCCGUCAGCUGCAAAGAAGCGAGGACUACGUGACAAGGAAAAGCUGUUCUAUGCACCUAUGUCUGGUCUUGGGGAUCUCCUUUAUGACAAGGAUGCUGUGUAUAUCAAUAUCAACGAUCAUCUUGUGCAGUUUUCAAACACUGAUGAGAAUGGUGCAUCUAGAAAACAAGGGAAAGGUAAUGAUGUUGGCGUGGCGCUAGUAAAAACUCUUCAGAACACCAAAUACUCCCUUGAUGAGAAGUUGGAGCAGAGUUUUAUAAAUCUCUUUGGUAGACGCCCUGCUGCUCAGUCCGAAGACAGUGAAAGGAUAAGCAAUGUCAUCUCUUUAAAACAUAAUGACCAGGGAGAUACUAACGUUUUGGAUCAAGUAGGUGGUAAUAACAUUGGUAAUGAAGACACCUUGGACAGCGAGCAGUCUUAUUCUGAGUGCUCUAGUGAUAGUGAAGGUGACAAUGAUGAUGGUAUCCAACUAAGUGAUCAUGGGGUUGACUUGAGAGAAGAAGUGGAAUUUUGCAAUGGAAGAUUGAGGCGGAAAGCUGUAUCAACUAAUUUUCAAGAUGAUGAUGAGUGUUCCGAUGAAGAUGUUAGUGGUAAUGAAGAUUCUGGAGAUGACCACGUAUCUGAAGGUUCUAUAUCAUCAGAUGGUAGUGGAGAAGCUCCUGAUUCAGAUGAUGAAACUGAAAACACUUCGAAGUGGAAAAAGUCCUUGCUUGCUAGAACACUUUCCAGACGAAGUGCCAGUCUAAUGCAACUUGUAUACGGGCAACCUUCAACAGCAGUGGACACUAACCGUGUUGAAGAAGAUAGCUCAGAUGAAGAAAUUUUCAUACCAAAAGGGCAAAAGAAGCAAGCAAAAAAUGAAUUACCAAGCUUUGAUGAUGUUGAUGCUGAGGAUUACUCCAAGUUUUUCAAAGCAGAGCUAAAUGAUUGGUCUGAUGAAGAUCUCGCCAAAAGCAUCCGUGACCGUUUUGUGACUGGAGAUUGGUCAAAAGCUUCUCUAAGAGGACGCGAAAUAGAUGAAAAUGGAGAAGGUGAUGAAGAAAUCGAUGGUGAUUUUGAAGAUCUGGAAACUGGUGAGGUACACAAGAGCCAGGCCGCUGAAAAUGGAUCAGGGAAGCCAGGUGUUCAAGAUGAACUAAAAGUUGAAGAACUAAGACUCAAGAAGCUUGCACUUAAGGCAAAGUUUGAUUCAGAAUAUGAUGGUUCUGAGCUGUCUGGUGAGCAAGUUGAUGAGGACAGGAAGAAAUCUAAAAGAGACCAAUCUGACGGAGGGGGCUAUUUCGACAAAUUAAAGGAGGAAAUUGAGCUGCGCAAGCAAAUGAAUAUAUCUGAACUCAAUGAUCUAGAUGAAGACACCCGAGUAGAAAUUGAAGGAUUUAGGACUGGUACUUACGUCAGAUUAGAGGUACAUGGCGUGCCAUUUGAGCUAGUUGAGCAUUUUGAUCCUUGCCACCCCAUUCUUGUUGGAGGUAUUGGGCUGGGUGAGGAGAACACUGGAUAUAUGCAGGUUAGCUUGAAGCGCCACAGGUGGCAUAGGAAAGUGCUGAAGACAAAAGACCCGAUUGUUGUCUCAAUUGGUUGGAGACGUUUCCAGACAACUCCUAUAUAUGCAAUAGAGGAUCGGAAUGGUCGACAUCGCAUGCUCAAGUACACGCCUGAGCAUAUGCAUUGCUUUGCUAUGUUUUGGGGGCCACUCGCUCCACCAAAAAGUGGUGUACUGGCAGUCCAGAGUCUUUCCAGCAAUAAGGUACCAUUUAGAAUAACUGCAACAGGCUGGAUUCAAGAAUUCAACAAUACUGCCCGAAUUAUGAAGAAGAUCAAGCUCACAGGCGCACCAUGCAAGAUAUUUAAGAAAACUGCGCUAAUUAAAGGGAUGUUUACAUCUGAUUUGGAGGUUGCUAGGUUUGAAGGUGCAGCCAUUCGGACCGUAAGUGGAAUCCGAGGGCAAGUUAAAAAGGCAGCAAAGAUCGAACCAGGAGAUGCGCUAAGGAGAAAAGGCGAAAGUACGGAAGGCAUUGCAAGAUGCACAUUUGAGGACAAAAUCCUUAUGAGUGACAUUGUCUUCAUGCGUGCAUGGGUCAAUGUUGAAGUUCCCACCUACUGUAACCUUGUGACCACUUCUCUACAACCACGAGACCAGAUGUGGCAAGGCAUGCGAACUACUGCUGAGCUGCGGAGGGCACACAACUUACCCAUUCCACACAAUAAAGACUCGGAUUACAAGAGCAUUGAGCGGCGAGUGCGGAAGUUCAAUCCUCUAGCGAUCCCAAAAACAUUGCAAAGUUCGCUUCCUUUUACAACUAAGCCGAAGGAUAGACCCAAGAGUAAGAAGCAACCAAACAGCAUACCGGAACUUAUGGAUCUUGAUGAGAGGAAGAAACAUGCAGCUAUUCAACAGUUAAUGUUGCUGAAGCAUGAGAAGACAAGGAAGGCAAAAAUAAAAGACGUGCAGAAGAAGAAAAUAUUUGAGGCAAACAAAGCCAAGACCGAACUGCAAACAAAGAAGCGGCACAGGGAAGAGAGGCGCGAGAGAUACAGGGAAGAGGAUAAGAAAAAGAAACGAGCCCGGAGAUAGGUGGAAAGAGUACAGCGAAGGGAAUUAUCCCAUAAAUACGGUGGCGCACCAACUAGAGCGCCUGGUUGGAGAUGCCUGUUAAUCACUCGUACGGAAAGGAAGGCUGGGGUGAUUAUGUGUAACUUCAUGUAGUGAUACUAUUUUAGGCAGAGAAGAGUAUGCUGCUGUGGAAUUUUGUUCUAUAUAAGUGGCCUAACUUUAUGUUAAAUUGUCAAGCUCAGGGACAUAAACAUUGGCCAAUUUUGGUUCCUGGGCUUGUUUUAAUGGCGGAGCUGUGCUGGCAUUUGCUUGGCUUUAUUGCUAUCAUUUUAUGCUUGGCUA